AAUUCCGUGACAGAUCGGGGACACAGCAAUUUAGUUUCAAAGAAGGAAAACUCGGUGCAAGAUUCGAUUUUGUGAAUUUUCUUCGUUCUGGGUAAAAGUUAAAGGCUGAAGAAAAGGACGUUGAUCGCAAUUGAUGGAGAAUUCAAGUAGCAGUGAUGGGGAAGAGACAAUAAAUCAGACAAUACCUUCCUCUCCUUCAACAUCAUCUUCCGAUGGUUACCGUUUGUUUGGUCGUCAAGGUUCUCUUCACCAGUCUCUGGGUGGUGGUAAAGCGGCUGAUAUACUCUUGUGGAAGCAGUGGAGUGUUUCCCUUGGUGUCAUCGUUGUUGCUACUGUCGUUUGGCUCAUCUUUGAACGGUCUGGAUUACCAAUCUUAUCAAUAUGUUCAGAUGUUUUGCUGAUAUUAAUUAUAGUGUUGUUUGUCCGUUCCAACUAUGCUUCUUACAGAGAUAGACAUUCACAAACAUUACCAGAACUUGAAUUGUCAGAAGAAAUGGUUAACAAUGCUGCAGUGUCGUUUCGUGUUAAAAUCAAUAAUGUGCUUCUUAUGGCUCAUGAAAUAACUCUUGGCAAAGAUUUUCGGGUUUUCUUCAAGGUGGUGACUUGCCUGUGGCUCUUGUCCGCCAUUGGUAGCUAUUGCUCUUUCUUCACACUUGCCUAUAUUGGAACCAUCCUAUCGGUUACGUUUCCCGUCUUCUAUAGUAAAUAUGAAGAACAUAUGAACAGAUACUGUAGAAUGAUCCACCGAAAGUUUUCCCAGCAGUAUAAGAUAGUAGAUGAUAGUGUGACAAACAGAAUCCCCCGCAGUUUAUCAAAAGAUAAAGACAUCUAAUUCUCACAGUUUACAUAGAUGUUAUGAGUAGUCGUGACUCGUGCUGUAAUCUUGGACUUUCACUGCUGAUGCAA